AUGAACAAGACUCGGAACGAUGACCCCCAACCAGCUGAUCUUUCGCUUUCGACCAUCCAGCGGCAUGAAAUUCACAUCACAAACUCCGAUCCAUAUGGAGCAAAGCCGUUGAUUGCGGUUGCAGUAAAACUGGGAGAAGUUUCCCAGCUCACAGGAGAUGAUGUUGAUGCGGAUGGCUCAGCACAGGGCCCGCUUCCAUUCCACCAUCGGGAGGAGAGCGCUGCUGAGGUCGACCCUCUGAAUGAGGCUCGGGCGGCCGCCGUGGCCGGACCUCGAUCAAUUGCGCCGCAGAAAAGUUCGCUCGAACCGACCGUGGUCAGCAAUGCACUUUCGGCUCCUAAGCAGCUUCCGGCGAAAGGAUCCCGAGAGAUCGGACUCGGAUCAGCCGAAGGGAAUACUGUUACCGUUCGAGACGUCGCAUGUCUCUUGAAAGUUAAUAUGGAUCUGGGAGACAACAUUGACCAACUGGAUGACAGAACGAUCUGCGUCGGACCGAAUCGUGCCGCGAAGAUCUUGCGCAUGAAGUUAUCUGGUCUCCAGGUGUUGUAG